AUCUCUAGCUUUCUCUCUCUAUAUUUGUAUUUCUGCUGCAGGCUCUUGUGCUUUCUUCGCCAUCUCUUGAGCCACCCAUUUUGUCUUCAUCUCUCUUUCUCUCUCUAUUCACGCUUCUCUCAUCCGUUUUAUCUCUCUCCUUUUCUUCUUCUCUGUUAAGCAACAGUCGACAGCAGCAGCCAUGGACGACGCCAACAGCAACAAAGAAAAGCUUGUGGUGGAAGUGGUUGCAGCCCACAACUUGAUGCCCAAGGAUGGUGAAGGCUCGUGUUCUCCCUUUGUGGAGGUGGAGUUUGAGAACCAGAGGCUCAGGACCCAAGUCAAGUACAAGGACCUCAACCCCGUUUGGAGCGAAAAGCUCGUUUUUCACGUCAAGGACGUCGCUGAUCUUCCUUAUAGGACCAUUGAGAUCAAUGUUUUCAACGAGAAAAGGUCCAGCAAUAGCAGAAAUUUUCUGGGUAAAGUCAGAGUGUCUGGCACCAGCAUUGCCAAGGAGGGGGAGGAGGUUGCUCAGUUGUAUACUCUUGAUAAGCGAAGCUUGUUUUCUCACAUUCGUGGGGAGAUUAGCUUGAAGUUUUACCUUUCGACGAAGGAAGCGGUGAAAGAGGUGACCAGUGGUGACGCAGCUGUGUCUGGGUCGUCGUCAUCUUCGUCAAAGAAGAACAAGAAGUUGCAGCAGCAAGGUCCAGCCAUGGCAAGGCAGCAACAACAACAGAUGGCACCGGACAACAACAACAAGCCAAGUCAGCAGACCCAACAACAUGCAAAGCCAGGGGGUCCAAAGCCAGGUGAUAUCAAGCCCGUUGUCAUCACAACUGGACAUGCUCCGGCGAUUCCCGGCCCUGGCGGUGGUGUUCCGGCCGGCGUGGGCGGCCUCAGGAACGUUUUCUCCGGGGGGUCCAACGAGUUCUCGCUGAAAGAAACGAGCCCACACCUGGGUGGGGGUCUUCUGCACAGGGACAAGACCAGUUCGACCUAUGAUCUGGUGGAGCAAAUGCAGUAUCUGUAUGUCAGGAUUCUGAAAUGCCGCGAUGUUUCGGCGUCUGGUGGAGGUGAAGUAAUGGCGGAAGUGAAGCUCGGAAAUUACAGAGGAAUCACCAAGAGGGUGAGUGCCAACAACCCAGAGUGGGGCCAAGUCUUCGCCUUUUCAAAGGACUGUAUACAGUCAUCAGUCGCUGAAAUUUUCGUGAAGGAGAAGGAUAAGGAUGAGUUCUUGGGGCGUGUUUGGUUUGAUUUGAACGAAGUUCCCAGAAGGGUUCCUCCUGAUAGCCAAUUGGCGUCUCAGUGGCAUCGAAUGGAGGACAAAAAAGGCGAUAAAUCGAAAGCAGGGGAGGUCAUGGUCUCCAUAUGGUUCGGAACUCAGGCCGACGAGGCCUUCGCCGAGGCCUGGCACUCGAAGGCGGCCAAUGUGCAUUUCGAUGGAUUGUCCUCCAUCAAGUCCAAAGUCUAUCUAUCCCCAAAACUGUGGUAUUUUCGGGUUACGAUCAUCGAAGCGCAGGACAUCGUUCCAGGAGAAAAGGGAGCCUCAAUGGUGAAGUUUCCCGAGCUUUCAGUGAAAGCCCAAGUUGGAAAUCAGGUGUUCAGAACUAGAAUUGCUCAGGCCAGUCCGAGCAGGAGUUUGUCAAAUCCUUAUUGGAAUGAAGAUUUGAUGUUUGUCGUUGCAGAGCCAUUCGAGGAUUACCUGCUAGUCUCGGUCGAGGACCGCGUCGCCCCUGGCAGGGACGAGGUUGUGGGAAGGGUUCUUCUGCCGGUGACCGCAAUAGAGAGGCGAACCGAUGAUAAAGCUGUGACUUCUCGGUGGUUUAACCUUGAUAAUCAUCUUGGCAACGCCGGUGAGCCCAAAAUAGUGAGCAGGUUUGGCUCUAGAAUUCACCUCCGAGUAUCCCUUGAAGGGGGUUACCAUGUGCUUGAUGAGGCCACAAUGUAUAGCAGUGAUGUUAGGCCCACGGCCAAACAGCUAUGGAAGCCCCACAUUGGUGUGCUUGAAAUUGGAAUUCUGGGGGCCACUGGCCUUAUUCCCAUAAAACUCAAAGAAGGAAAAGGAGGGUCUACGGAUUCCUACUGUGUCGCCAAGUAUGGCCACAAAUGGGUUCGGACUAGGACGGUGGUGGAUAGCCUGUCGCCCAAGUGGAAUGAGCAGUACACAUGGGAAGUAUUUGAUCCCUGUACUGUCAUUACGGUUGGGGUGUUUGAUAAUAGCCGGGUCGAUAAGAACACCACCAAUGCAGGUGGUUAUCGCGAUUCUCGUAUUGGGAAAGUCCGGAUUCGGUUGUCUACCCUUGAAUCCGAUCGGGUUUAUACCCACUCUUAUCCACUCCUCAUGUUGCACACCUCGGGUGUGAAGAAAAUGGGGGAGCUUCAUUUAGCAGUGCGGUUUUCUUGUGCCAAUAUGGGCAACAUGCUCAGCAUUUAUACAUUGCCAUUGCUACCAAAGAUGCACUAUGUGCAUCCCUUGUCUGUGAAUCAAUUGGAUAGCUUGCGGUACCAGGCUAUGAAUGUGGUGGCAUCCAGGCUGAGCAGGGCUGAGCCUGCGCUGGGGAGGGAGGUGGUUGAGUACAUGCUUGAUCACGACUCCCAUAUGUGGAGCAUGAGGAGAAGCAAGGCUAAUUUCUUCCGGCUCAUGAGCGUGCUCUCUAGCUUUGUUGCCAUGGGUCGGUUUGUGGAGUCCAUGCGGAAUUGGAACAAGCCAGUCUACUCCACCAUUUUUAUGAUGAUCUUCCUUGUGCUGGUUUCAUUUCCAGAGCUGAUUAUCCCCCUUCUGUUGCUCUACAUGGCUUUUGUGGGGAUAUGGCGGUAUAGGUCCAGGCCCCGCCAACCACCCCACAUGGACACCCGCCUCUCCCAUGCGGAGACUGUGUACCCUGAUGAAUUGGAUGAGGAAUUCGACUCUUUCCCAACCAGUCGUAGCGCGGAGAUUGUUCGAAUGAGGUAUGAUCGCCUCAGGAGUGUGGCUGGGAGGAUUCAAACUGUGGUUGGAGACAUGGCUUCACAGGGGGAAAGGUUCCAAGCUCUGUUAAGUUGGCGAGACCCCAGAGCAACAUUCUUGUUUGUGAAUUUCUGCCUGUUUGCGGCAGUCGGAUUCUACCUUGUGCCCACCAAGGCUGUGGUGGCAUUGUGGGGACUGUAUGUGUUGAGGCCACCAAAGUUCAGAAGCAAGCUGCCAUCCAGAGCAUUGAGUUUCUUUAGAAGGUUACCCACAAAGGCUGAUAGCUUCUUAUGAACCAGGAGACAGAAAUGCAUUACUUUUGUAUGUAGUGGGAGAAGGGGGAACCUGAUGUUUAGAGUUGGGGAUAUUACUUUAUGUUUGUUUUUGUGUGGGGUCUUGUGUCAUAUGUGGCUUUAGGAAUUGGAGUAGUGUAUGGAUAUUUUUCCAUUGCUAGUGAGCUGUAUACUCAGGCAUGUUUAUGCUCUGAAGUAUUGCCAUUUAUUGGGAAUUUAUUUGAUGUUUUUCAUA